AUGGCGUCGGCGCUCAAGAUCUCCUGCGUGGCGCUCGAGACGGCGGCCAAGGCCCCUCCGACGGCGGCUCCGGUGUCGCCCCGGCCGACACCGGCAUCGGCACCGCCGCGCCUGGCGGGUCUCGGCGCGGUCGGCGCCGAGCGCACCGGCGUCGGCGCCAACAGCGCUCCCGGCGCAGGGCUCGCCGCCGCCAACCUCCGCGCGCCGGCAGUACCGGCCGGUCUCGGCGCGGAAGGACUCGUCGCUGGCUUCAGGGCCGGAGCACUAGUCACCGGCGGACAUGGACGCGGCGGCGCCGCCAAGGCCUACCUCGGUCUCAGGCACCGCGCCUUCUGCGCCAAGGCCUCCGACGGCGGCUCCGGUGUCACCCCGGCCGGCACAGGCACUGGCCUCGCCGCGCCUGGCGCUGGGCUCGGCGCGAAGGGCACCGGCACUGGGCUCGACACGAAGGGCACCGUCACUGGCCCCGUCGCGCCUGGCGCUGGGCUCGGGGCGAAGGGCACCGGCACCGGGUCGGCCGGUCUCGCCGCCGCCACCGGCGGCCUCGGCGUCAAGGGGGCGGCAGGUCUCGGCCUCAGCGCCUUCCGCGGGUACGGCCGCCGGCGGGCAAGCAACCAGGCGCGCCCCAACUGCCAUGCUUGGUGUCAGGUCAUCAACAAGGAAGGGCUGAUCUUGGAGGAGGUGGCAGGCCUGAGAAAGGAGCUGCACUAG